AAUUAAUUCUCUACUACAUAAAAUAAUAAUAAAAAUGCGCAGAAAGUCUUCAUUUCCAUUUUAUUUUUCGCCUUCAAUUUUGGCAAUUUUGCUGUUUUCCAUUUCCUUCCAAUGGAGCCAACAAGUAUCCGCCUAUUAUUCACAACAACUUUUCAUGCCUAGCGGAUAUUUAAGCCAUAAUUUAUUUGGAUUUCAGCAUCCUUCCCGAAUUGGCGAUUCUGGACAUGUAAAUACUGUAAGUGAAGAACCAAAAAUGGUAAUAAUUGAAGGAGAACAAAAUGACAACGAUUUGGAGACAAAAACAGAAAAUCAAAAUUCAGCAGAAAAAGAAAUUCCUCGGCGUCAAAUGCGUCAUUUAUUGGCUGAUGAAUUUGGUACUGGUCGAAUGGGCCGACAAUAUAAGCGAAUGCGACCUUGCUUUUAUUCGCCAAUUCAGUGUUUAAUGAGAAAAAGGCGAUCGGGAGAAUAA